AUGACAACCAGAGGACAAUCAGAGCUUCAGGACAAUCAGAGCUCUAGGACAAUCAGAGGACAAUCAGAGCUCCAGGACAAUCAGAGGACAACCAGAGGACGAUCAGAGCUCCAGGACAAUCAGAGCUCCAGGACAAUCAGACGACAACCAGAGGACAAUCAGAGCUCCAGGACAAUCAGAGCUCUAGGACAAUCAGAGCUCCAGGACAAUCAGAGGACAAUCACAGCUCCAGGACAAUCAGAGGACAAUCAGAUGACAAUCAGAGCUCCAGGACAAUCAGAGCUCCAGGACAAUCAGAGGACAAUCAGAGCUCCAGGACAAUCAGAGGACAAUCAGAGGACAAUCAGAGACAAUCAGAGGACAAUCAGAGCUCCAGGACAAUCAGAGGACAAUCAGAGGACAAUCAGAGCUCCAGGACAAUCAGAGCUCCAGGACAAUCAGAGCUCUAGGACAAUCAGAGCUCCAGGACAAUCAGAGCUCCAGGAUAAUCAGAGGACAAUCAUAGCUCCAGGACAAUCAGAGCUCCAGGACAAUCAGAGCUCCAGGACAAUCAGAGGACAAUCAGAGCUCCAGGACAAUCAGAGCUCCAGGACAAUCAGAGCUCCAGGACAAUCAGAGGACAAUCAGAUGACAAUCAGAGCUCCAGGACAAUCAGAGCUCCAGGACAAUCAGAGGACAAUCAGGGCUGUAGGACAAUCAGAGCUCCAGGACAAUCAGAUGACAAUCACAGCUCCAGGACAAUCAGAGCUCCAGGACAAUCAGAGCUCCAGGACAAUCAGAGGACAAUCAGGGCUGUAG